GCUUCCGACGCCGAGUAAUAGCCGGCAAAUUCCUUUAUUUGGCAAAGGCAUCGCGCCAAAAUUUCCAUCCAUAGGCCGAGCUCAGCUCAGCCCACCAUUCUUCUUCAUUUCUUUCUUCCUGUCGUUCGUUAUUUAAGACAUUCUCCCCUAUGGCGGAGACUGACAUUCACGAUGUACCGUCCACGUCGUCCAAGGCAUCUGAUCUUGAUGCUAUCGCAGAAUCUAUAGAGGACGUGGAACGGCCCUCGGACAUAACGUCCCAGGAGGGUACCCCCGUUGACUCCCAUUCAGCCAAUGGCGACACGCGGCCAGUAGACGAAACCCCAGAAGGGUCUGUCGAAAACUCGACGAAGACGGAAGAAGGAAAAGCACCGGGGAAGGCCAAAUUCACCAUUGCUAAGCCAUCCAUGUCGGUCAAAGCUGGUACUGCCACGACUAAGCCUCGCGGUCCCACAACUCCCAUUGUUAAGAAGGUAUUAAAUUCCGGAACGUUUGGGUCAGGUUCUGUUAAACCGCCAUCUACCAGGCCAGCACCGCACACUGCCGAUUCUGCUGCUAAACACCCUGCGCCGCCGAGAAGGUCCAUCAACUCUGCCUCGACGAAACCGCCAAUGGCUUCACGACCUACCGCGGCAUCGUCAACCUCCGCCACCGCAGCCAGAAGGACCUCAGUAGUACCAACCAAGACUCCGUUAUCACAUCCCUCGAAGCCUACUACUGGCGUAACCGCUGCCUCUGCUACCGCGAGCCACACGUCCGCCUCUCCAACCGCCUCCAAAGCGACGUCACCCGUUCGGCCACGCGCAUCUGUUUCCGAUGCCGUGAAAAGGGCACCCCUAACUGCACGGCAAAGCUUGCCCAGUACGACUAAGCUCUCUCAUUCGGCUUCAGCCAAGGCACCUGCCGCCAAACCAGGCCUGGCUGCCUCCAAAGCUCGUGCGACAUCAUCUAUCUCUUCGAUCCGCGAAGUUCGGGACGACAGCAAGCUUUUGGAAGAAUUGCAAACAAAGGUCAAGGAAGCCACAGAUGCCCUUACGUCCAAGACGGAGGAGGCUACAGACCUCAAGGCUCAAUUAUCGCAAGCCCAUGCGUCUCUGGAAGCCGUUAAAGUCGAGCUGGAAUCGAAGGCAUCUGCGGCUAUACAGUCAGAGGAAAGUAGGGCUUCGCUAGAGACACGACUAGAGAGUGCCCAGGCAGCGUACGACGAGUUGAAGAAUUUGCAGGCGGAAGGCGAUAUUACUCUAGAAGCCGUGCGGAAAGAGCUCGAGGACGCAAGAGCUGCAACAUUGGCCCAGACCGAGUUUGUUGCCAGUCUGCAAGAACAGAUCAAGGAACUGGAAGCCGAAGUUGCCAAGACAAAGGACAACAUUAAGGCUCUUAAAGAUGCCACAACUGCCGCGACGUCGGAGGCGGCUUUAGCAGCUUCCGUGGAACAUGAUGCUUUGCUCGAAGCCCAGGAGGAUCUCGCAGCAAUCCAAGCGGAAUUGGGAGAGUUAAAGAAAUCUCAUGCUCUUGCUCUGGCCGAAGCUAUGGGCAAGAAUGGUGAACUGGAAGUUCAGGUGGCGAAGGUGGACGCAUUGGAGGCGCUAUGUACUUCUCUCCAACAGGAGAAAGAAGAGAGCGCGAACAGGGUGUCGGAAUUGGAGAUCGAGGUCUUGGAAUUGAACGAGAGCCAGGAGUCCUUUGAUGAAGAGCGGGAGCUUUCACUAAACAAGCUGAAGGCACUGCAAGACGAACUCGCUGCAGCCACCGCCGCCGCCGAGAAAGCUAACAGCUACGUUCAAGCAAAGGAAGCAGAGUACAUAUCCACCGCGGAAACGGUCAAGGUAGAACACGAGAAUGCCCUCAAAGCUGCUGCCGAAGAGCAAUCCAAAGUUCUUGCCCAACUCGAUUCCUUGAAGAACGAACUAGCCACCGCACUUUCUACUCACGAAACUCUCAAGAACGAGGCGCUGAAGACUGCUGAGACACAUUCCCGUGCCCUCGACGAAGCUGAACAACGAUACAUUGCCAGACAGAGUGAGCUUUCAGAAGAGAUCGAUAAGAUCACUGCAGAGCUGGAGGGACAAGAAGCGCAAUACAAUGCUAAAGUCGAUACUGUCAAGGAGGAGCACAGCAAGUUACUCGAAGAAGCUUUCGAGCGUGCCAAGACAGAAGCCGGAGACGAUCACAAGAAAGAUUUAAACGCUGUUCGGACAAACUUCGACUCCACAAUAGCUCAGAUGGCAGCCACUCACCAUUCUGCUAUGGAAGAUUUGAAAGCGGAGCAUGCCUCUACUCUUGAAGCUCAAGCUAAGAUGCUCGAGAAGCAGAUCACCAAUCUUACCUUGGACCUCAAAGCUACCCAAGACGAUCUAGCGAAGGCUAAGGCGUCUUUCGAGUCGGCUCGUGCAGAGAUCGACACCCUCACUGCUCAGCGCGAUGAAGCCCGAGCAGCUGCAGCCGCCGUUCCUGAGGUAUCGCCUGAACAGGCCGAAGAAAUCGCGCGACUUACAACUCAAUUGUCGGUAACCAAGGACGAUCUCUCCGCGAUUACCGACAUGCUCAAUCUCACCAAGGACUCGUUGACUGAGAUGUCGCAUAACCAUACAAAGGAGCUGGAGGAGGUGGCCAAGGCAAGGGCCGAAGAGGUCACCAAAUUGCGUACGGCUCAUGAAGAAGAGCUUUCGGUGCUCGGGACACAGAAAUCAGAGCUGCUUGUGAAGCUUUCUGAUUUGGAAGGCGAGUUGGCUACUGCAAAGGCGGCACUUGCGGCAGAGCCUGCUGUUCCCAAGAGUAAUGGUACUGUCCCUCCCCAGUCGCCCGGCGUAACAAAGGAAGAGCUACAACGUUUGCAUGAGGCGCAUAACCUGAAGGUACAUGACCUGGAAGCUGAACACCAGAAGGCCUUGAAGGCUCUAUCCGCUAAACUUGAAGCAACGGAGGCUGAAGCAAAGGAAUCAAAGCUCGAAGUGGAACGAAAGGAGAUGGAGAUCAAGUAUCUCGAGUCAGAUCAAGAAGACGCUUCGGAACUGAUCACUCGGUUGAAGGAAGACCUCGAGACGAUGUCUGAGCAGCUGAAAGCCAAGAGUACCGGCUCUGAUUGAUACAAUUUUAACACAUGCGCGGGCCAUUUGCCUCGUCUUCCGCAUUUCUCACGCUUAACGACAACUUUAACAUUCAGAUUCCAUAUUCCGACUUAUUUUACCUUUCCGCUUACUAUGUAUGCCUUGUUACUUCUAUCUCGGAUAUCCUUCACUUGUGUUUAGCCUUCAUGCAUACCCUGCCUAUCAUAACUGUUGCCAUUUUUUCCCCUUUAGAUCGGACUAUAUCGUGGAGUUGCCUACCCACUCUGAUAUCAGUGUUCUCGGAUUAUUGGUGUGACAAUGCAACAAAUGCGGAUGGAUACUCAGGG